GUCAGAUUCAGAAGGAGACCGGCGGCAGAGGUCUGGGAGGCGAAGCCAGAGCCCUAGGCCACCCAGAUGGCACUCACAGGACCAGUCCUCACGAUCUGACUCUGGUGAAGAGCGGGCACGGGGCUCCUGGGCCCGGCAGACUCGCCGACACUCGUGGUCCCCAGGGUCAUCGGCGUCUAGUUCAGAAUCCCCAAGACGCUCUCGGAGCCCUGGGGCAACUGCCCUGGCCCUGAGCCAGCAGCAGAGCCUGCAGGAGCGGCUGAGGCUUCGUGAGGAGCGGAGGCAGCAGGAAGAGCUGCUCAAGGCCUUCGAGACGCCCGAGGAGAAGCGUGCACGGCGACUGGCUAAGAAGGAGGCUAAGGAGCGCAAGAAGCGGGAGAAGAUGGGCUGGGGUGAGGAGUACAUGGGGUACACCAACACCGACAACCCCUUCGGCGACAACAACCUCCUGGGCACCUUCAUCUGGAACAAGGCACUGGAGAAGAAGGGCAUCAGCCACCUAGAAGAGAAGGAGCUGAAGGAGCGUAACAAGAGGAUCCAGGAAGACAACCGGCUGGAGCUCCAGAAGGUGAAGCAGCUGAGGCUGGAGCGGGAGAGGGAGAAGGCCAUGCGGGAGCAGGAACUGGAGCUGCUGCAGCGGGAGAAGGAGGCGGAGCACUUCAAGACCUGGGAGUGUCAAACCAUGCCCUGCCACUGCAUCUUCUCCCACAGUUCCAAGAUUCGAAUCCGAGAUGGCCGGGCUAAGCCCAUUGAUCUGUUGGCCAAGUACAUCAGCGCAGAGGACGACGAUCUGGCUGUGGAGAUGCACGAGCCCUACACCUUCCUCAACGGCCUCACAGUGGCAGACAUGGAAGACCUGCUGGAGGACAUCCAGGUGUACAUGGAACUGGAGCAGGGCAAGAAUGUAGACUUCUGGCGGGACAUGACAACCAUCACAGAGGAUGAGAUCGCCAAGCUCCGGAAGCUGGAAGCCUCCGGCAAGGGCCCAGGUGAGCGCCGUGAGGGCGUCAACUCCUCGGUCAGCUCCGAUGUGCAGUCCGUAUUCAAGGGGAAAACAUACAACCAGCUGCAGGUCAUCUUCCAGGGCAUUGAGGGCAAAAUCCGUGCAGGUGGCCCCAACCUGGACAUGGGCUACUGGGAGAGCCUCCUGCAGCAGCUUCGUGCACACAUGGCCAGGGCCAGGCUCCGUGAGCGCCACCAGGAUGUUCUGAGGCAGAAGCUAUUCAAGCUGAAGCAGGAGCAGGGCGUAGAGAGUGAGCCGCUCUUCCCCAUACUCAAGUCUGAGCCCACGGCCACGCACAGCCCGGAGCCUGAAGAGCCUGCCCCAUGCAGCCCCGGACCCUCAGUGGACCCCACAGAAGCUGAGGGGGCUCCAGCAUCUGGGGAGGCGGAGGCGGAGGCAGAAGGAGACGGCGAGGCAGUGCUGAUGGAGGAGGAUCUGAUCCAGCAGAGCCUGGCCGACUACGACGCUGGCCGCUACAGCCCGCGGCUGCUCACGGCACACGAGCUGCCCCUGGACGCGCAUGUGCUGGAGCCUCACGAGGACCUGCAGCGCCUGCAGCUGUCGCGCCAGCAGCUCCAAGCCACAGGCGAUGCAAGCGAGAGCGCUGAGGACAUCUUCUUCCGGCGCGCGCGGGAGGGCAUGGGGCAGGACGAGGCACAGUUCAGCGUGGAGAUGCCGCUGGGCGGGCGCGCCUACCUGUGGGCCGACAAGUACCGGCCGCGCAAGCCGCGCUUCUUCAACCGCGUGCACACGGGCUUUGAAUGGAACAAAUACAACCAGACGCACUACGACUUUGACAACCCGCCACCCAAGAUCGUGCAGGGCUACAAAUUCAACAUCUUCUACCCGGACCUCAUCCGCAAGCGCGCCACUCCCGAGUACUUCCUGGAGGCCUGCGCCGACAACCGAGACUUCGCCAUCUUGCGCUUCCACGCCGGGCCUCCCUACGAGGACAUUGCCUUCAAAAUCGUCAGCCGUGAGUGGGAGUACUCGCACCGCCAUGGCUUCCGCUGCCAGUUCGCCAAUGGCAUCUUCCAGCUGUGGUUCCACUUCAAGCGCUACCGCUACCGCCGGUGACGCUUGCCCUUCAGGGCUGGCCUAGGACCAGGACAACUCCCGAUGGGAGGGGCUGAGGGGACCCCAAGGGACUGGGCACCUUCCUCAGCGACAGUAACCAGCACUCUACAGGCCGCGGCCCCUCGGAUCCCUUCGGAUCCCGGCGCGUCUGGAAAGGACCGACGGCAACUGUUUCUCUUAAGAGACUGCUUUAGGUGGGAGGGGUGUCUUGUUUUCGCAGACUUCGUGCUUAUGGGAAGCCAUGUGGUUUUGAUACGUUUAAUAGAAAGCUUAUUCUAAAAAUG